AUGAAGAAGCCGCGGGUGCAGAUUGGCGUCGUAGUCCUCAUCGAAGCGCACGACCACGAUGGAACGAAGGUGCUGGUAACCAGACGAAGGAACGAUGCGUUCAUCUUCCCCUCAGUGUGGGUGCUGCCGGGCGGCCACGCCGAGAAGGGCGAAUCCCUGCUGCACGCCGGCAAGCGCGAGGUCGAAGAGGAGACCGGUGUGGUGCUGGCGGACGAGGAUAUGCGGUUGUGCGGGCUGUGGGAGUCGUGCUAUCCGGCGCAGGUGGACCACGGCCCGAUGAAGAAGCACCACCUGGUCGUCUUCUACCGCGCCAUCGUCCACAAGCCCACCACCGACCUCUCCCUCCACCUCCAAGAGGAGGAGGUGGACGGCGCGUGCUGGAUGAGCAUGGCGAAGCUUGCGGAGUGGAUUGAGGUGGAGGAGACGAAGGAGAAGGUGCUGGCCGAGAUCCGCCGAGAGCGCGGGCAGAGCAGCCAGCGCGACUACUUUGCGCCCGAGGUGCUGGCGGCCUUCAAGCAGCGCAUUCCAGGCGACCACGGCGGCGGCGAUGGCGGUGGCGAGGCCGAUCGGCAGCUGGUGUCGAUCCGCUUCAAUCACCAACCGGGUCAGGAGCGGAAGCAGCUGGGUCCGCACAGCUACGACAUGCGGGAGGAGUGGCUCGCGCUGGGCCACCGCUUCGUACUCAAGCACCUGCUCGACGAGGUCGCACGGUUAUAG